AUGUCUGUUUAUUUCGAGAAAAAAAUUUCAACAACGUUUGGAGAUAUAUGUUCUAAUAUAACCUGGUAUAAAGAUGUAAAAUUGGCAAUAGCCUCAUAUUCACAAGAAAAAGGAGGUUAUUUAAAAUUAUAUAAACCAGCAUCUGGUGAUAUCAUACUGACAAAUAUUCAAAAUUCUAAAGCUGUGAGCUGUGUCGGAUGGCAUCCUACCGGUUUUUUAUUUGUCGCUUGGGAUUUCGGGUCAUUAUGCUUUUGGUUCGAAGAUACAAAUGAAAUAUUUAAUGUCGAAUCUCCACAUCAAGCUACUAUAAAUUUACUAACAUUUAGUCCUAAAGGAAACAGAUUAAUAUCAGCAGACAUUGAAGGAGGUUUAGUAGGUUGGAACUCUUGUGGAAAACAAUUGUUAACUGCAUUUCAUCAUCAAUUAUCCAAUCCUGUGUCACAUGUAGCUUUCAGAACUCCUUCAAUAAAGGGUUUGGUAGAUCUUCGAAAUGCUGCAAAAGCAGCUGUGGCUGGUGAUCCUGCUGCACUGGAUUUGUUCACAAAUUUAGAUAUGUUUACAUCAUGGAGACCUAAAACAGAAGGUGGUAAAGAUAAUACAGUUGGGUCAGUUCAUUCAGACAGUCAAUCAUUUUAUGCUGCAUCCUCUUCAGGUGCUAUUUUUUACAUCACUGAAAAUGGAAGAUGCCAAGAAGUUUUUGAUCUUGGUUGUGGUUGCAAAGAUAUUUUAUAUAGAAGUGAUAGAGACCAAUUAAUUGUUCUAACGGAAUUAAUGGCGGUUGUUCAGUUUACCAUAUCUUCUGAAGGUGGAUUGGAAGAGUUGAUGAAAGUUAAACUUAGCAAAGGCAAUCAAGAAGUUUCUUCAAGUAUGGUAUGGACAAAACCGGGAAUCGUAGCCAUAAAUUCAGGUACAUCGUCUAUCAGAUUAUGGAAUUUGGAUAACGGUGACAAUUCUGCACUGAAUUUACCAAACGAAAGCAAUCAUGCUGAGUAUUUCACUUCUCUUUCAUACUGUUCCUCAAAAGGUUUAUUGUGCGGAGGAACCAAUGCGGGAAAUUUAGUAAUUUGGAGAAAAGGAGAAGAAGAUUGGGAAAUAGAAAAUACAAUUCCAACAUCUGCUCCAGUUAAAGAAUUACUCUGGGGUAAUGAAUUACUAGCUGUAAAUACUUUGGCUGGUUUAUAUGUUUUAAAACAACAGCCAUUAGCUGCUUGCCAUAAUCAAAAUAUUACAGCCAUUCAAACAACUGGAAGUAAUAUUUUACUUGUAAUAGGAGAUGAUGAAAAAAAUAUAAGUAUCAAUUGUGAAAUUCAAAUUCAUGGCGUUACGGUAUCAAAUAAAUACUGUGCAGUCUGGAGCGAUAAAAACGUUGUUUCGUAUAUUAUAACAUCUAAUGCGGGUGAUGCCAUGAACACUCAAGUUGCAGGUACAUUUAAUUGCAUAUGCGAAGAUGCGGGGAUUUUCGAUGAAAGUUUGAUAGUUUUGGAAAGAGAAAGAGUAACAUUGAGAACAAUACAAGGGACAGUUAAACAAACACUUUUUUUAAUUGCAACCGAAGGUACACCAAUAAUUAUGGGUUUAAACGGUCAUUUUACAACCGUCGUCACAACUCAGGGUUACCUUAAAGUUUGGGAUAUUUCUAGAAGGGAAGCUAAAUUGCAAAGCUCGGCAAAAAAUCUAAAUGAAAUGAUUGAAGAUUACGGUGAAGCUAUUAGCGCUUCGUCAAAUAGUAAGGGAUCAAAAGUAGCUCUGAUCAUAGCUUUGGAUACCAUGAUACCCGACACGAAACUUUACGUUUUAGACCUUGAAAAUGAUACCGUUCAAUGGAUUGAUUUUACUAAUGGAAUGACUUACGUUCGAGAGGACAAUACGAUAUCUCAAAACGUUACUGAUAAAGUAUUAUCAUCUUUUAAAUGGGAUACGAACGAUCCGAAAUUGUUGGUAUGCCAUACCAAAUCUAUGCCAUUCAAUUCGAAAAAUAAAGAUAAAGAUACCGUAAAUAAAGAAAAUUUUGCCGUUUUAAUGUGGACCUGCAACGAAAAGGGAAUUCUCGUUCACGAAAUUAUAUCGGUAAAAGGUAGACAACCGAAAUUGUUGGCUUGCAGCGCUCCAAAUAUUUUUUUCAUUUCCGGAAGUAAAAAUGAUGCGACGGAUAAAAUAAUGAUGGGAGAUUUUAACGGAGUCGAAUGCACUUCGGAAGCGACGAAAAAUGCUAUACUUAAUUUUAGUUAUAAUUUAGCGGUUGGCAACAUGGAUUUGGCUUUUAAAGCUAUAAAUGCAGUUUCCAGCGAGUCUGUUUGGACCAACUUGGCUAAAAAUUGCGUGAAAUCGAAACGUUUAGAUGUGGCCAUAGUUUGCAUAGGUAGAGUCAAAAAUGCCAGGAUUGCCAAAGCACUGAGAGAAGCCUCAAAAGAACCAGAAUUGGAAGCUAGGGUUGCCAUUCUCGCAGUUCAUUUUGGAAUGUUUGAAGAUGCAGAAGAAUUAUUUAAAUCGUGCAAAAGAUACGACUUGCUGAAUAAAUUUUAUCAGGCAUCGUCAGAAUGGGACAAAGCCAUCGAAGUUGCCGAAACGAACGAUAGAGUACACGUGAGAAACACGUAUCAUUCGUAUGCUCGACAUUUGGAACAAAAUGGAGAAAUCGAUGCCGCUUUAGAAAAUUAUGCGAAAGCGGAUACGCAUAGAAUUUACGCUCCGAGACUUCUUCUAGACGAUUUUCCUAAACUUAAAAACUACGUCGAUCAAUCUCUCGACCCUGUUUUAUGCAAGUGGAUAGCGCAAUACAUGGAAAGUCAGGGAGAUAUGGACAUGGCAUUGAAUUAUUACACUCUCGCCAAGGAUCAUCUGUCAAUAGUACGAGUUCUUUGUUUCCUCAACAGUUUCGAACAAGCGAGAGACAUUGUCGAAAAAAGCGGAGACAGAGCGGCAGCUUAUCACUUGGCUCGUAAAUUGGAAGCCAUGGAUAAAAUAGAAGAAGCAUUGAGUUUUUUUACACGAGCGCAAACUUAUGGCAACGCGAUUAGGCUUUGCAAGGAAAACGGUUUGGUUGAUAAAAUUUGGAGCGUUGCUUUACCAGCUUCUUCGGCAAAUAAAGCGGAUGCUGCACUUUACCUUCAACAACAGGGGGAAAUUGAAAAAGCCAUACUUUUAUAUCACAACGCGGGUUUAGUACAUAAAGCAUUGGAUUUGGCUUUCAGUUCUGGAAACAAACAAGUACUCGCAAGGAUAUCAUCCGAUUUAUCUUCAGAUACCGAUCCGGUUUUGCUUGAAAAACUCGCAGAAUUUUUCAUUUCGAAUUACCAAUACGAUCGUGCCGUCGACGUUUUGGCCACAGCUGGAAAAAUUUCGGAAGCGAUUAAUUUAUGUUCGGAGCAUUCGGUUCCACUCACCGACGAACUCGUGGAACGAUUGAAUCCUUCUGGACCGGAAAAGAACAAAUUACUUUUAGAAAUAGGAGAAUGUGCUUUGGGACAGAAUAAUUAUCAUUUGGCAACUAAAAAAUUUACACAAGCUGGAGAUAAAGUUAGAGCAAUGAAAGCUCUUUUAAAAUCCGGAGAUACCGAUAAAAUUAUAUUUUUGGCCGGUGUUUCAAGAGAAAAAGAAGUUUACGUAAUGGCGGCAAAUUACUUGCAAGCAUUGGAUUGGCGUUCGAAUUCUCAACUUCUCAACACUAUAAUACAAUUUUAUUCGAAAGCGAAAGCUCAUUCCGCUCUUUCUAAUUUUUACGUGGCUUGCGCAAACGUUGAAAUAGAAGAAUAUCAAGAUUUCGAUAAGGCAGCCGUCGCUUUAAACGAAGCCAAACGAUGCCUACAUAAAAUUUCGGAUGAAAUAUCGGCACGAAGAGCUUUGGAAGUCGUUGAAAGUAAAAUAAUGAUGAUACAUAAAUAUUUGAAAGCAAGGAAAAUGUUCGAAAACGGUUUGCAAGAGGACGGUACGGAAGAAUGCAAUCAACUCCUUAUGGAACUUCGUAGAAAUCCGACAAUCGUACGAAUCGGUGACGUUUACGCUUUGAUGUUGAAAUACGCGGAAAAUAUACCGCAAGCAAGAGAAUUAUUUGAAGCAAUGAAAAAAGAAGUGGACGAUCCGACAAAUUACUUACAAUUAUCACUAUUGGAAUCUUUGGGUUAUCAAAAACCGUUGAGGAUUUCGAACGAAUUGGAUGACGAUUUGGGUUUCGAAUAUUCAGUAAACGAGCAUCACGAAGAAAAAAAAAAAAAAUGCGAAUGCAAUGCAAUUAUUAAUCCGUCCAAAAAAAUUAUUUUUAAGCGUAGAAACGUUCGGGGUGAUUUUUUAAUUGAUCUCUAUUAA